GAACGCUGCAAUCGAUGAGAAUUAGAGGUUAAGCGCGCCAUCAGCGGUGACCGUGGUGGCGCUGCGCUGCGCUCCGCCCGCGGCCUGCACGUAGCCGCGCCAACGUCUUGGCCCAAGCCGCGGAGUUCCCCGUUGGACGCGGUCUAUUCUUAGCAGUCUCCAAGCCGCAGAAUGUUCAGCUCGAUCCAGUUAACGCGGAAUAUCGCCCAUUUGUCGCCCCGGACCAAGAAAAAUGGGCGAUUACAACUGCAGAAAUUCUUACAAAGCCAUGGAUUCGCUUCAGAGGCAUCCUUCGAGACCAAACCUUACAAACUACACAAACUGGAAUCGGGCCCGUCUACGCAAGUGUCGGUGACCAAGGAAGAUGCUCUAGUCAUGUACAGACAAAUGAACACCAUCAGGCGCAUUGAGACUGCUGCUGGAAAUUUGUACAAGGAGAAAAUCGUUCGGGGAUUUUGCCACCUUUACUCCGGUCAGGAAGCCUGCGCUGUAGGGAUGAGAUCAGCUAUGCGGAAACAGGACUCAAUAAUCUCAGCUUACCGUGUCCAUGGCUGGACCUACCUGAUGGGAGUUCCUGUUUUAGGGGUUCUCGCUGAACUGACCGGGAGGAAGUCCGGCUGCGCCCGCGGCAAGGGAGGAUCCAUGCACAUGUAUUGCAAGAAUUUCUACGGAGGCAAUGGCAUCGUUGGCGCUCAAGGACCUCUCGGAACGGGAGUCGCUUUCGCAUCGCAGUACAAAGAGGAGGGAGGAGUAUGCUUCACUCUCUAUGGCGACGGAGCGGCGAAUCAGGGACAGCUUUUCGAGGCCUACAACAUCGCCAAAUUGAUGAACAUUCCUGUUAUUUACGUUUGCGAGAACAACGGCUACGGAAUGGGCACCAGUGCUGAAAGGUCCUCCGCCAGCACCAACUACUACACCCGUGGUGAUUAUAUCCCCGGCAUAUGGGUUGACGGUAUGGACGUUCUAGCAGUUCGAGAAGCAGCAAAAUUCGCCAUUGAUUAUGCUACCAGCGGGAAAGGACCACUCAUCUUGGAAACGGUAACAUAUCGGUAUUCUGGACACUCCAUGUCCGACCCCGGAACCAGCUACCGAACCCGAGAUGAGGUCCAGGUUGUUCGUCAGACCAGGGACCCCAUCACAUCUUUUAAGGAAAAGAUUAUCAACACAGAGCUAGCUACCCCCGAUGAGCUUAAGGCAAUCGACGCAGAGAUCAAGAAAGAAGUGGAUGCUGCAAACAAGACUGCAAAGGAGGACACUGAAAUUACAAUGGAGGAAAUUGCCGGGGACGUAUAUUCCAACACAUUAGAACCCAAAAUCAGGAACAUAACUCCAUGGAAUCCCUUGACUCACAAGCGAGUCGGUCCAGCCCUUAACUUGAAAUGAGAGCCAGUUAUACUGAUGAGCUUUACUUCUCAAGCUUGAACAAGAUACUCGUUGGAUGGUGAAGUUUGAACCAAACUAGCUGAUUAGCUCCAACACGAACGAAAUAAAACCAAGAAUAUUGUGGUCGUCAUAUCAUUACAAAGGCUAAAUGUGUGAUUAAUGAGAGCGAGCAAAAUUGAACCACUUAUUUAUAAUUCUUUAUUUAUAAUUUUUAGCAUAAACUAAGUACCUGAAUCUGAUUUUAUCAAUAGUAUUUUAACAUUGUAUAAGUCAUUUUGAAGUAGAGAAUGUAAGGGUUAAUUUUUUAUUUCAUAUGCAUUCCCACCGCAAAAAUUUAAUCGAAAAAAAAAGAGGAAUUGGAUUGGUUCUAGGUGCCUACGUCGUUAGCCAUUUGUUGCCAUAGAAUUCUUAAGGGAAGUUUAUCCUUACAAUUGUAAUCAGAAGACGUAUUUUUAGCAGAAAAUUUCAUACAAUAUUUAUGAACAGGGUAAAGCUCAGUAUAGAAUGACUGACUAGCCACUUAUUUCAUGUCAACUGCGUGGGAAGGAGAUAUGAACGGAAAUGGUUUUGACGAUCAUGUUUUAUCCUUUCCAAGAGGUGUAUAAUUUGUUGUCAUUUGAAACCCACCGAGGUCACAGCCAUAGCCUUAUUAUUAAAUAAAAUAUGUAAAUAAACUGACCAAGAAUUGUUGAAUCAUA